GUUAGUUUGAGAAAUAUGCUUAUUUAUAUCUAUAUAUCAUAUCAUACAUGAUUUUUUUUUAUGAAGUUUGCGCAUUCUUUUUAAAAAGAUGAAUCUAGCACGAGAACGGAUACUUUAAUGACAUGAUAAACUUUGCCAAGUCUCAAAUAUAAGGAACAUUACACACAAUUAUGUUUGUGUUUGUUGAAACCACAAAUCAUAAUAACUUGGUUGCAACUCUCUUCAAAUAAUAAUCACGACAUGAUGGAUUAUGAAGGACUAGUCGGGGUGAUGCUGCAUUUAUUCAAUGGCUAACCUAUGAUGAUCCUUAAUCCCGAAGGUAGAGAUUUAAGUUGUUUUCAAUCGGUUUUGAAUGUCCUAUGGUUCUAGUACUAGGGACACAAGAAAGAUGAAUUGAGAAUGAAUUCAGGCAAGAGAAGAUUAUUUUAACCAUCUCUCAAGUCAAUUUAGACUUCUUAUCAAUUGUAUCUGUGAGUUGAAAAAUCAAUCAUACUUACAGGAGAGAAAAAAAAGUGAUCAGGCAACACAAUAUUUGGAGUAAUGUAUAUUUUUUAUCCAAACCUUUUUUAGAUUCUUUUAUGUUAUUUAAACCUAUUAAAAUUCUAUUAAUUAGCCAAAUUUAUCAUAAUGCAUCAAAAUGUCAGACAUAUUUACGUUAACAUUAAUAAUUUUGUAACUAUUUUCUUAGUUAAAAUACUAAAAAAAAUUGGAAUGUUGACCUUCAUGUGUCUCUUCCAAGUUAAUGUCAUGUUGUCAAGUCAAUAUUACGAACAAAAUUGCUAAUGGGAAGUUAACAUUUGGCUAAUUCUUAGUAUUUCGAUAAGUUUGGAUAAUAUAAAAAAAUCUUAAGAAAAUAGAUAAAAAAUAGACAUUACCCUAAUAUUCGACCUAAAAUGUCAUUAACUUAUCAAAGUAUUAAUGUAGGGAAUGACAUAGACCUUAGUUAACAUAAAUGGUUCAAAAUAUGUUGCAAUCAGAAUUUUCCAAACCAAAGUUGGGGCUGAGUUACCGUCACUUCCCCUAAGAGGGGUGUGAGAUUCACAUUCAAGGGCAAUUUGGGUAUAAAAAAUAAAAUUUAUUAUUUAUUUUUGUAUUAAUUACAUAUUGGGAAUUAAAAACCCAUAUUAAAUACUUUUUUUCAUUUAAAUCCUACAAUUAAUACGCUUAUAUAUCUCACUCUCUCUUUCUUUUCCAACAACCUUUUCACUCCGACCGCCAAACUUUCUCCGGCCGAUGACUUUUUUCCGGUGAAAACCUCCAAUCAUACUCGCACCGGCCAUCUGCAAAAAAAACCCACUCCGUCAAUGCGCUAGGGGUACUGAUUUUCAUCUAGUGGUACGUUACCAAUAGUAGUGGUACGUACUAGUGGUAGUGGUACACUACAAAUACCACUGGUACCGGUACCAGUGAGUAGUGGUACGAUACCACUACCACUACCACUGGUAGCGUACCACUAGACAGAAAUCAGUACCACUAGAGAAUAACAUAAAAAAACAAGAUUUGGAAUCUGGAAAAUCCCAGAUCUUGAAAAAAAAUUAAGGAAUGAGGAAAGGAGAAGGGGAGAGGUCGUUACCUCUCGCCGGCGGCAGAGGACGACGGCGGGAGAGAGUUGGAGGUGACAGGAGUUGGAGGGAGGCGAGAGGGCUGCGACGGGGAGAGCGAUAUGGCGCGGCAGUGGUGGGAGGCGGAGGACGUGACGGCUGCGGCGGGAGGGAGACGGUGGCAGCGGGAGGGAGAGAUGGCGGCGGUGGCGACGGGAGGGAGAGACGACGACGGUGGCGACAGGAGGGGGUGGCGGCGGCGAUGGGAGGGAGCGACAGAGAGCAGUUAGGGUUCUCGGAGAGGGAAGAGAGAGGGGAGAGCGAAAGAGUUUUUUUUUAGGAAAUCAGAUUAUAUAGAAAAUGAGAAAGGAUCCUGUAUGGUAAGUUUUUCUCUUCCAAAAAUACCCUUCAUUUAAUCUAAACCGUUAAUUUGAAAAAACAAGAGAGAGAGUUGAUCUAAUGGUUGCGAAGGAGGAAGCAAAAAUCACAACCCCUAUGGGAGUUGUGACGCUAUCUAAGUUGAAGUAAGUCGUUUAUUUAUUUCUUCCACCGUUUAAAUGCAUAGAGUUAUGAAAGCGAGUACAUAAUAGAAGAUAAGAUGAGAUAUAAAUAUGAUAGUGAAAUUAAUGAGGAGCAAAUUGAAAACUUAGGGAGUAUGGGAAACAUGUGAUCUGAUAUAUUUGAAGGAGAUAUUUAGAUAUAAUUUAUCAACAUAUUUGUUGUGAAAAUUGAGGGUUAUUUGUUAAGUUUAGAGUAUAGUUGAAGGAUCAAGAGAGAAUUGGGGGUGUGUAAAUCAUUUGAAGGUUAACACGUGAUUACAACUUACUUAGAGUGCUGAUAUAAAAUAGAAAGAAGGAGGGAGGUCAAAGUCAGAUAUUGCUGAUAAUGAAAGGGAAAGAAACAAUUUGCCAUAAUGAAAACUUCUUUUUUAUACCAUAAUUUCCCCCUUUAUUAUUUUAUGUGUUUCCCAACAUUCAAAAUAUCCCAAAAUUUGACCGCAUGAUUGAGUUUGGUCAGACCUAAUCUAAUAAUAUAUUUCCCCACAUUUCCCCAUCCUAUCUUCUCUCUAAAUUCUUUUUAUUCCUCUUUUGAUAGAUCAUUUUAAUAAAAUUGGUUCUUAAAGUAAAUGUAUCUUGUUUUUGCAUUCAAUUUAUUUUCAUAAAUGUUUAUAUUUAAAUAAAUUCAUGGUUGGAAUUCAACUUAUGCUAAGAUUGCAUGGCAUUUCUCAUGUUAUCUUAUUGUCUUAGACAUCCAUAUUUGUUAGUAUGAUAUUUAAUUAUUCAAAUUAAAUAAGAAGAAUGUGAAUUCGUUGUUGACUAGGUUAACCACUCAAAUAUUUCAUUUAUAUACAUAAAUUUGUUAUGUGUUAAACCUUGCAUAUUACGAUUUAAUAGUUAACGUGUGACAUUUUUUAUACUCUACUAUUAUAUAUUAAUGCAUUACUUUUUUCCACAACCCAAUUCAAUUUGGUUUUGCCAUCAUAAACAAGAAUAAGUAGAACAUAAACUAAAAAACCCUCAAGAGAAAUAACGGUCUUGAGUUAAUGCCACAAAAGGACAAUUCUAACAAAAACUAAUAGAAGUAACAAAAAUUAAAGAAAAUAUAAAUGAUGUUAGGGUCAGUAAAUAUCUCUCGUCAAACUAAUAAUGCUUGAUUAGGACAACUUAAUUAAUUAGAGAGGAAGCAUAAUUAAGUGAUAAUGCAAACUUUGGAUGAGGUGCCACGGAAUUUCUUCCAAUUUUGCAAGUAGGUAUUAACCAAGUUUAUAUUAUAACUUGCAAGUGAAGAGUUGUAUGUAUGUGGGGAACAUUCAUCCUAUUUGAAGAGGCAAAACACGAUUCAUAGCUCACCACAAGAAAUUCAAUACUCUACGUUAAUACAAGUCUGUUCCAGUGGUAAUACAAUAAGUCUUGAACUUGAAGAUCCUAGAUUUGAAGAGUGUCUACUUAAAAACCAAACAUAUACCACUCAUAUAAAAAUUAGUAAAUUCAUCCACACUCUUCAUAAUUCAUUGGAUAUUAAGUUAUACAACGAGAAACUUCGUUCAAGUCAAGAUAAAGUUCGACCACAAUAUGAUCAUCGCAUCCAUCAUGGUGGGAGGUUUCAAGGAAUGUGAAUAAUAUGUCUUGUGCCCCUAACAUGUUGUGUUUUGUUCUCCAUUAUAGCGACACUGGAAUUCUUAGGGUCAGGUCAAUAGUAAGGAUUGAUAUACAAGAUGAUCCCUCCCCAACAUCAACGCUCAAAUUCGAGUCAUGAGUUCAAAAGCAAUGCUCACCGUAGGACCACACGUAUAAUACAUGUGUUUGUACUAU